AUGGCCAACGUUCAAGACCGUGGCCCUCCUUCGGCAGCAGCCGUCGCUAUCGGCACUGCUAUCGUUUCCGGGCUUAUCGGAUACUGGCUGGGACAGGCGCAGUCUAUCGGUAUCUUUGGGUCACCAAGUCCAAAAGUGCCAACUGGUCAAGACGAAAAGCCAGUGGACGAGUCCGACAUUAGCGAUGCGAAUUCGGCAAGUGGAGACGAUGAGCAUCUGGAAGACCUAGGCGAGUUGGAUGACUUCCGUGGCAAUCACGAGGAAUGCAAGCUCGUGCUCGUAGUAAGAACGGAUCUUGGCAUGCAGAAGGUAGGCAAAAUCGCCGCACAGUGUUGCCAUGCAACCUUAGCCUGCUACAAGGCCAUGGUGACAGCGAACCCCUCCCAUCCUCUCCUUCGCCAAUGGGAGCGAUUGGGGCAGGCAAAGGUGGCAUUGAAAGUUGACAGCGAGGAUGAGAUGCUCGUUCUGCAAGCGCAGGCGGUUAGCCUGGGGUUAUGUGCCAAAGUCAUCCACGACGCCGGUCGCACUCAGAUUCAGGCUGGCUCGGCGACCGUUCUCGGCAUCGGUCCUGCACCUAAAAGCAAGAUUGAUGAAGUAACUGGGCACUUGAAGCUACUUUAA